UGAAAUAGAUGUUGUGCAAUUUCAAGACAGCUGCUCCGGGAAGCAGAAAGGUCGUACAAGGAAUGGACUGUAAACAAAGAAUUAAAAAUAUUUAAUACACUGAAAAGUAGAAAUUUCACAGUAGUGUCUCUGUCACCUAGACUUGAAGGAGUUUGUAUGAACAAAUCAAGGAAGGAAUCAGUCUGCCAGAUGAAACUGCUCAAGUUAUGAGGAACAUUUGCCUGUGGGAUCUGCUUCUAAAAAGACUUGGUACUUUUUACUUCAUUUGGAUUUCUGCUGCAUAUUGUUCUUUCUCAAAAAAUUGUCAAGACCUAUGUACAAGUAACCUGGAAGGAGAACUUGGAAUUACUAACCUCUGCAAUGUUAGUGACAUCAAUGUAGCAUGCAUACAGGGAUGUCAGUUUUGGAAUGCAACAGUGCCGGUCAAUUGUCCACUGAAAUGUAACAAGACAUACACCAGAGAAUGUGAGACAGUUUCCUGCAAGUUUGGCUGUAGUUGUGCAGAGGAUGCAUAUGGUGUUGAAGCACAGAACUAUUUGAACAAGCCUGGAGCACCAUUUGCAUCUACCAUUGGAAGCCACAACAUCACAUUGGGUUGGAAGCCAGCUAGUAUCUCUGAGGUUAAAUACAUUAUCCAGUGGAAGUUCCAUCAGCUCCCUGGAGACUGGAGAUACACAGAGGUAGUAUCUGAAACUUCAUAUACAGUCAAGGACCUUCAAGCCUUCACUGAGUAUGAGUUUCGAGUAGUUUGGAUCAUAACCUCUCAGCUGCAGCUCCAUUCUCCAUCAAGUCCCAGUUACCGGACCCAUGCUUCUGGAGUUCCCACUACAGCUCCUAUCAUUAAGGAUAUUCAGAGUUCAAGUCCAAACACUGUUGAAGUUAGUUGGUCUCCACCACUUUUUCCCAAUGGAUUGAUUGUUGGAUACAACUUGGUCCUGACCAGUGAGAAUCACGAACUGUUGAGAGCAUCAAGAGGGCAUAGCUUUCAGUUCUACUCUACUUUCCCAAAUAGCACUUACAGGUUCAGUAUUGUAGCUGUUAAUGAGGCUGGAGCUGGACCCCCUGCAGAAGCCAACAUCACAACACCGGAAUCCAAAGUUAAGGAAAAAGCAAAAUGGCUCUUCCUAUCCAGAAACCAGUCGUUAAGGAAAAGAUACAUGGAACAUUUCCUUGAAGCAGCCCACUGUCUGCAAAAUGGUAUAAUACACUGCAACAUUACAGGAAUUUCUGUGAAUGUUUAUCAGCAAGUUGUCUAUUUUUCUGAGGGGAAUUCCAUCUGGGUGAAAGGAAUUGUGGAUAUGUCUGAUGUGUCUGACCUAACACUCUUUUAUACCGGCUGGGGCAAUAUUACAUCGAUCUCAGUAGACUGGCUUUACCAGAGGAUAUACUUUGUCAUGAAUGAAAAGAUAUACGUUUGUCAGACAGAGAACUGCACAGCAGCUGAAGACAUGACUCCUCUUUACAUGACAUCUCCUAGGAAGAUUGUAGCUGAUCCUUACAAUGGGUAUAUUUUCUGUCUCCUGGAGGAUGGUAUAUACAGAGCAAAUCUUCCACUCUUUCCUGACACUGCCUCUGCAGCUUCACUAGUUGUGAAAUCCCGCACUGUGAGAGACUUCAUAAUCAACUUCCAGUCUAAGAGACUUAUUUUCUUCAACAAAACAGAACAGGCCUUUGUGUCAAGUUUUCUUGAUGGUUCAGAAUUUCACACUCUGCGAUCACUCGUGCCACUUGAUGACAUUGAGAGCUUUGUUUAUGAGGAUAACAUAUUUACUGUCACAGAUGGCCGGGCAGUUUUCCAUGAGGAGACCUCUCAAAUGGGAAGUUCUAGCUUCAACGAGUAUGUUGUAGAUUGCAGUUUGGAAUAUCCAGAGUAUUUUGGCUUUGGUAAUUUGCUUUUCUAUGCAGCAUCAACUCAGCCUUUUCCUUUACCAACUCUUCCUCGGCUUGUCACAGUGCUGUUUGGAUUGGAUCAAGCUGUGAUCAGCUGGAGUCCACCUGAACACACUAUUGGAACCAGUCUGUCUGCUUGGCAGAACUGGACCUAUGAUGUGAAAGUGUCAUCUCAAAGACCUUCUGAGGAAGAAUGGGUCAUUUCAAACAUUACUGACACCAGGUUUACCGUGAAGGAGCUGGUCAACUUCACCGUGUAUGAGAUGUCAGUCAGAGCUGUGUCUCCUGCUGGUGAAGGACCAUGGUCAGAGCCAUUUAGGGGCAUGACGUUGGAAGAAGCUGAAGAAGAACCAUAUAUAUUGGCAGUGGGAGCAGAAGGGCUCUGGAAGCAGCGGCUGGAUAGCUGUGGGCCAGGAGAAUUUCUCCAUCCUGCUAUUAGAAAUAUUUCAGACCUCGACUGGUAUAAUGACACUCUGUAUUGGAGUAAUUCCAUGGGGAAAGUUCAGACCUGGUCGAUGAAUAAGAAAGAGGGUACCGUUGAGAAUGUUUAUAUACCUGACAUCAAAAAUGCAAGAAUGUUGGCCUUUGAUUGGCUGGGACAAUGCUUGUAUUGGGCUGGCAAGGCAAAUACGAUCUACAGAAAAUCACUGCUGGGAGGCCAUAUGGAUGUUGUGGCUCAUGUUGUAUAUGUAGUGAAGGAUCUAGUGGUGGAUUCAGUGAAUGGCUAUUUGUAUUGGGCCACAACAUAUACAGUGGAGAGUGCAAGACUGAAUGGAGAGGAGUACCUUGUGUUACAAGAGCAUCUACAGUUUUCUGGCGAACAGGUGGUUGGUUUAGUUUUGGAUCUCAACUAUGGUUUUCUUUACUGGCUUGUUCAAGAUGGUCUAUACCUAAACCUAUACAGAAUUUCUAUUUGCAAAGAAAGUUGUGGCAAUGUCAUAGUGACAGAAUUUUCAGCAUGGAGUAUUUCAGAAGUAUCUCAGAGUGCACUGCAGUACUACAGUGGUCGUCUGUUCUGGAUUAAUAAGCUUAAAUUCAUUACUACUCAGGAAGUUAACCAGAGCAUUAGCAUUCCCUUUUCAGAACCAGCUGAGUUUGCAGCCUUUACCCUUGUUCACACAUCACUUAAACCUCUGCCAGGAAAUUUUUCUUUUACACCAAAAGUGAUUCCAAAUUCAGUGCUAGAAUCUUCCUUCGAGAUUAAAGGAAAUUCUUCAAGUUUUCACGUCAUUUGGAGUGCCUCCACAGAUGUGCAAUGGGGAACUGUCUUCUACUGCGUGGGAUCAAAUGCUCUACAAGUGAGGUCUUUGGAGACUGAACGGUGCCUCCAUCCGCACGACCUGACAGUUCCAUCCUACAAAGUUGAUUGGCUGGAACCGUUUGCACUCUUUGAUUUUAGUGUGACUCCGUACACAUACUGGGGAAAGGCACCAACAACAUCUGUGUUCCUUCGAGCCCCUGAAGGAGUUCCUUCAGCCCCUGCAAACCCUAGAAUAUAUGUGUUACAUAAUAACAUACAUGAAGGUGAAGAGAAAGUCCUUGUGGAGUUCAGAUGGGACAAACCUGAAAGGGACAAUGGAGUAUUAACACAAUUCAGGGUUUACUAUCAACUGUUGUAUCAGAGUGGUACUGCUGACAGUCUCAUGGAGUGGAACGUGAGCGAUGUCAAACCCACUAUGCUGCUCUUUUCAAUCAGAGAUGUGCUUCCUAGGCUCACAGUAAGGUUUCAGGUGCAAGCUUUCACAUCUGUGGGGCCAGGACCUAUGUCAGAUGUAGCACAGAGGAAUUCAUCAGAUUUUUUCCCUGUCCCAACUCUUCUAACUUUUUCUGCCAACAAGUUGUUUCUUACUGACAUAGACAAUAAUCAUACUGUAUGGGAAGUUUUGGCAAAUACAAAUAUAAAGGACAUCUGUUAUACUGCUAAUGAUGACAACGUGUACUAUAUCCUAGAAGAUUCUCUUUUUCUUCUGAAUAUACAGAGUGCUUCAGAUUCUCAGUUUUUCGAAGAUGUAUUUCUUCGCAAUGUCACAGCCAUCACAGUAGAUUGGAUUGCAAGACAUCUCUUUGUUGCCCUGAAAACAUCAUGGAAUGAAACUCGAGUAUUUUUAAUUGAUUUAGAGCUCAAGACAAAGUCCUUAAAAGCCUUGAACAUACAGUUGGGUAAACAUAAUUCAACUAUAUCAUCUCUACUGUCAUAUCCUUUUUUAAGCCGCUUGUAUUGGAUUGAAGAGCUUGAUUAUGGCUGCCGCAUGUUUUAUUAUGAUAUACUGAAUAACACUGUGUACCACAUUUUGGGAUACAAAUCAAUAGAAGAAAAGAUGAGGAACUACUGCAGCUGCAAUGUGGCAGAAGCAGAGCUGGGAAGACCUAUGAGUAUAGAUGUAUCUGACAUCAAGAAAUCCCAACUGCUCUUUAUCAGAGGAAGAGAUGAAAUAUGGGCCUCAGAUGUGGAUGGUUGCCACUGCUGGAGGAUUACCAAGAUACCAAGUUUUCAAGGUACGAAAAUUGGCAGCUUGACUGUAGAUAACCAGUUUAUAUACUGGACCGUUGAAACAAAGGAAUACACUGAAAUUUGUCUAGCAAAUAAAGAAAGCACAAGACACUCUCUUCAAAAGAAAGCAAAUCAUGAGCUGAAAAUCUUAGCCUACAACUCAGCAAUGCAAUCAUAUCCAGAUAAGAGGUGCCUGACUCCAUUACUAGACACUGAGAAACCUACUAUCCUUGAUACAACAAACACCAGUUUGACGUUAAGCUUACCAUCUGUCACAACACAGCAGCUAUGCCCCAGCAUAUCCCAGCCUACACCAACAUAUCUGGUAUUUUUCAGAGAAAUGACUAACAACCAUGAGAACUCAACCUACCAUUUCUCUACUCUACAGGAAAAAACUUUGGAAAUUCAGGAACCUAUCGCUGUCAUAAACAACCUAAAGCCAUUUUCAAGCUACACCAUACAAGUUGGAGUGAAAAACUACUAUUCAGAUCAAAACCAGUUGGUUGUAGGAAGGGAGACAAUUGGCACAACUCUAUAUGGAGUACCAGAGGCAGUUGAUUCCAUUAAGACAGUGGUUUUGUCUGACACUACUAUCAACAUAUCUUGGAGUGAACCUCUGGAGCCAAAUGGACCUCUAGAAUCCAUCCGCUAUCAAAUCUCUGUCAAUUUAUUGUCUUUGUUCCCAGAAACUCCACUGCGAAAAAGCAAAUUUCCAAAUGGGACACUUUCGUGGUCUGUCAGUGAUCUCCAGUCUGGAACAAACAAUUUGUUCAAGGUUCUUGCAUUUCAUCCCAAUGAGAACUGGUUUUCUGAAAGUGUCCUCGUUAUUGCAAAAACUUUUGAGACUCCACUUUCACCUUCCAAUAUAAUCCCCAGAAAUACCAGUUUCCAGCUAGAAUGGAGAGCUCCUCUGCACAUCAAUGGAACCAGCUUCUGGUUUGAGCUGCGUAAGUGGCAAACAAGAAGUGACUGGUUUUCUCCUGCAAGCACUACAUGCACUAUAGGCCCUGUUUACACAUGCAAUCUCACAGGAACUCUUCCUUCUGCCAAUUAUCUUGUAAGAGCGACAGUAGAAUAUGUUACAGGAAUGAAAAGCACUUCCUCUUCAACAAGCUUUAAAACUACAGCUGGUGUUCCCAGUAAACCAGGAACACCCAAAAGAGCAGAAGACUCUAAAAACUCUGUACAGUGGGAAAAGGCUGAAGACAAUGGAAGUAAUGUCACCUACUACAUCUUAGAAAGCAGGAAGCCGUCUGGCAACACCAACAAAGUGGAGUCCUUGUGGGUGGUGGUUUACAAUGGUUCUUGUGACAGUAUUUGCACAUGGAAGGCUGAGAACUUAGAAGGAACUUUCCAGUUCAGAGCAGCAGCUGCAAAUAUGCUGGGUCUUGGUGAAUACAGUGACACAAGCAAAGAUAUUGUGUUGGCUAAAGAUACUGUGAACUCUCCAGAUAUCGCUGCAAUUGUUGCUGUGAUUGGAGCAGUUGUACUGGGCUUGACUAUGAUCAUACUGUUUGGUUUUGUAUGGCACCAAAGAUGGAAAUCCAGAAAACCAGCCUUAACUGGGCAGAUAGUGCUUGUCAAGGAAGAUAAAGAAUUAGCUCAACUCAGGGGAAUGGCUGAGACAGUGGGACUAGCCAAUGCUUGUUAUGCUGUCAGCACUCUUCCUUCUCAAACAGAGAUUGAAUCAUUGCCAGCUUUUCCUCGGGACAAACUGAAUUUACACAAGCUGUUAGGAAGUGGAGCAUUUGGAGAGGUGUAUGAAGGGACUGCAUUAGGUAUCCUGGCAGAUGGAAGUGGAGAAUCCAAAGUAGCAGUCAAGACUUUGAAGAGGGGUGCAACAGACCAAGAGAAGAGUGAAUUCUUGAAGGAGGCACACUUAAUGAGUAAAUUUGAUCAUCCCCACAUUCUGAAGCUACUCGGAGUGUGCCUGUUAAAUGAACCUCAGUACCUUAUACUGGAGCUGAUGGAAGGAGGGGAUCUGCUUAGCUAUUUACGAGGAGCCAGAAAGCAAAAGUUCCAGAGUCCCUUAUUGACAUUGACUGACCUCUUGGAUAUAUGCUUGGAUAUUUGCAAAGGUUGUGUCUAUUUAGAGAAAAUGCGUUUCAUACACAGGGACCUGGCUGCUCGCAACUGCCUUGUGUCUGAGAAGCAAUAUGGAAGCUGCUCCCGGGUCGUAAAGAUUGGUGAUUUUGGACUUGCCAGAGAUAUCUAUAAAAAUGAUUACUACAGGAAAAGAGGAGAAGGCCUACUCCCUGUCAGAUGGAUGGCUCCUGAAAGCCUCAUUGAUGGUGUCUUUACAAAUCGCUCUGAUGUUUGGGCUUUUGGAGUCUUAGUGUGGGAAACAUUAACUUUGGGUCAACAGCCAUAUCCAGGUCUCUCCAAUAUAGAAGUUUUACACCACGUACGAUCAGGAGGAAGGCUGGAAUCUCCAAACAACUGUCCUGAUGACAUACGUGAUUUAAUGACACAAUGCUGGGCCCAAGAUCCUCACAACAGACCUACUUUCUUUUACAUUCAGCACAAACUGCAAGAGAUAAGGCACUCUCCACUGUGCUUUAGCCACUUCCUUGAAGACAAAGAGUCAGCGGCUGGAUUCAUCAACCAAGCUUUUGAGGAUAUUGAUGUUCCGCCUGCAGAUUCGGACAGCAUUCUUUCAACCACUCUAAUGGAAGCAAGGGAUCAAGAAGGCCUAAAUUAUUUGGUAGUAGUCAAAGAAAGCAACCAAGAUCAAGGUAGCGUUAGCUCUGCAGAACUUAGUUCAGUCUAAUUAUGUCUAAUUCUGUCCUCUGAGGAUAGAAGAGAAAACUCUACCAAAGAAGAUGUAAGACAAAGAAAAUAUUAUGCACUUUAUUACGCAUUUAGAGAUUUCUUAAAAGAAACACUAACACUCUAAAACACCAGAACUUCCAGACAAUGUCAUAAGGUACUGAAGCUUGUGUAGGAUAAGACAACAGUCACAUAUUCUUCAUUUUCUAACUGUUAUGGUUCAUGUGUUUCACAAGAAAUAGUUUAAGGAAAUAAAACUUGCCAUCAGACAGCAAAUGAUUUUACUGUGAUCCUAAUUAACUUUAUGCAGCCACAUAAACUUUGUACACAAGCAGUCCUUCCUGAGGAGAAGUACUGGCAUGCUGUCUCACAGAAGGAACAACCUGAUCACGAAAAGAAAAACAGUUCAAGCAUAGCUUCAUUGAGCACACACGAGAUUAUACAAAUUGAAAAGCUAACAAAUGUUAGUUGCAUUUUUCUGAACUCCAAAUUUGUAAGCAAUUGAAGAAAGGUGGCUGGGUUGUUCGCUGCAGGGACAGUCUAUUUUAUCAUUUAAUUUAAACAUAUGAUUGCAAUCAUCUCAUAUGUUAAGUUGCACAGUGAUUGAUCUGUGAAUCUAGUAUCCAAGUUCCUUUUCCCUUUUAAUGUUGAUCACCUUUCAUUUCUUAAUUGAUUGGAUAAAGGUAAAUGUUUUUCCCUUGAUGUCCUUGGAGAUCAAAUCAAAAUAUAUAAUAACACAAUAUAUAAAUCAUUCCUGUGUAAAAGGAAGCCAUAAGCUCUUUGGAAUGUUUCAUCAUGAAUAGCAAUUCACAAAUUUUGCAGAGAUAUUCAUUGACAUCUGUCGGGAAGAAUCAUGCCCUGCUUUUACGCAAACUCUUGAUAGUGGGGAACACCGGAGAGUAGUAAAAAUGUAGUUUGAUGCUAAAAUGUAGAUAUUUUUAAGGCACAUCUCCACUGAAGUCAAGCUCCAAAAAUGUCUUAAAUAGAGAUCCAAUAUAACGAAAUGUUUGGUUUUUGACUAUUUGAAAGUCUUGCUUCAAAUUUAAUAAAAAUUGAGGUAUUUUGAAUUAGUAUUCUUUAAAAAUCCCUGGCAAAACAAAACAAAACAAUUCAAAUUGGCUGUUAUUAUAGGUCAUUUUUUUCCAUUUACAGUUUAGCCACACUUGUACACGUACAAGCCACAGUUGCCAAUACCAACGGUUGAAACACUUCUUUCUUUUCUUCUCUUAACUUAUGCACACCAGGCCAUUAGUGAUUGAUAAAUAAAUACUGUAUAACGUUUCUUCCCCCUUCAAUUUCUGUUUGAUUAACUGUACAGCUAUUCCUUCCAUUUCAGUAACUUAAACAUGAGUAACAUUUACUAACCUGUAACAUAUGCUAACUGGAAACCAGGAAGAUCUCUGUUCUGUGGUCACAGUACCAGGAUGACUUCACAUGCACAUGUAAUUCCACUUAACUCAAGAGGAUUGCUCGGUCAGCAAGCUGCAAACAAAAGUUUGAGAAUAAACAUGACUUCAUAUGA